CUUGUUUGAGUGCAUUGUAACACUUAAAGUUACUUGGGAAAAAGUUAACAGAGAUUUUGGAUCCAUAUUUUCUACUUUGUUACCUGGUACCAUGGCAAAGUUAGAACCUCCUGAAGGAGGUAGCUUCUUAGAUGGCUUGGAGGUUCGUGUUGCAUUUGGAGCAGUUUGGAAACAAUCAUUAUCUGAGCUUAGUGGUGGGCAGAGAUCUCUACUUGCACUCUCUCUCAUUCUGGCUUUGCUUCUUUUCAAGCCAGCCCCACUUUAUAUCCUGGACGAGGUUGAUGCAGCUCUUGACUUAAGUCACACACAGAACAUCGGAAGAAUGAUCAAGAGUCAUUUUCCACAUUCUCAGUUUAUUGUUGUAUCCUUGAAAGAGGGUAUGUUUAACAAUGCCAAUGUUCUCUUCCGAACAAAAUUUGUGGAUGGCGUCUCAACAGUGCAGAGAACAGUUGCAGCUAAAAACAAGUGAUUUCACGAAAUGGUGACUGUAAUUUUGCUUGCAGUAAAUUCAGUUUCAUAUGCUCGGGGGCAUGUGUAUAAGUUCUGGUUUCCCUCCAAUGUGUAGUAAAUCUCACCCCAAUACAUUCUAAUUAUCUUGUCUAACACCUUCCUUUUCCUGCAUAAGUAGCAUCUGCGACUACUUUUUGGCUUAUUUCUGUAUUAUUUAAUUUUGCCGGGGGCAUUUUAUUUGUGUAAGAACUAUUAGCUUGGUGCAGUAAGCCCAUAACUCCUCGUUGUGACUUGAGCAUAACAUGCUAGUGCUAUCAAAAUGCACACAUGCUCUACGCCUUGGAAUAUUGCAGCAUAAUUAGCUUGCAGAAAUUAGAAGUCAAUUGUAGUAUUGUAUC